AACUUUUGCGCAUCUCGUUUGGGGAGCGAUACAUAAAUAAUGCAUACAAUAACAGUAAAAAUGAAAGCAUGAAUACCGAUACUGGAAGUUGGACACGUGUCGAAUUUCUUUCAUAUGUUUAAUUCAUUGUUAUGAAUUGUUUUUUCAGUGAACCAAUGUAAUUAACAGUUUAUGUUGGCUUUGUGGAAUGGCUAGCAAUUCUUUGGCAAAUGCAUGGAAUGACCCUCCCAUCUUAAAAUUCGAUCCUACUAGCACUGCCAGUAAACAUCACUUGAGCAAAAGAGUUUUUUCACCUGUAAGCAAGCAGGAUAGUGAUGUAUCUUCAAAAGAUAGUGUUUCAGACAGCAAAGAGGAUGAAAACCUUGUAAAGAAAAUUUCUAGCUCUUCAAAUUUAGAAGAAAAUAAUCUGAAAGAGGGUUCAAGGGAAACCUGUGAUAUUCCUGAAUGUGAUGUGGAAAUUUUAACCUUUGUCAAGAGCACAUUUAAAAUUAUUUUAGAAGAGUCCCCUGGUAAAAAUGAGAGGCCUCUUAAAGAAAUUGAUCGCAGAAUCAGCCUAAUGGAAAAAGCAUGGAAUUCUAAUCUUAGUACAGAAGUAAAACAUAAUAUGUACAAAAUGGCCCUAGCUUUAUCCAAUGGAAAUAUCGAAUCUGCUGAAAAAAUACAUUGUAGUCUGAUGGUUCACAAUGUCCGAGAGGUCAAAAAUUGGAUGGUUGGUGUUAAGCAUAUAAUCGAAAUGAAGAAAGAAAGUUGAGAUUUACACAGUUCAUAACAUCUUAAAAGCAUCUUGCUGAGAUCCAUUUUAAAAUUUAUUUCAUUGGAAUGUUUGUUCAUUGUAAAAUUUAUGGAGAACAUAAUUUUACAAAUUAAAUUUUCGUGUGUAUCUUUUAAUGAAUAAAAGUCUUCUUAAAUUCCA